CUAACACUAAAGAGUCUUCAGUAAUGAAUUUUCUCUCUGCUGUUGAAUCUCGAACUGCUCAGGCUGCCUCUUCAGGAACUACUCUUUUACCACAAUUCAGGGCUCCGUCCUGGCAGACAGGUAUGCAUUCUUCAUCAGCAGCUGAGCUGUUUGUUACUGGACCUUUGCCAACCACUGGAACACUUUCAUCUGCUGCUCUCCCUGCUUAUCAGCAUCCUACUACCUUUAGCAAUAGAAACUUCGUUACCACCUCACCAUUGGUGCUUCCAGAUACAACCUUUAACACUACAUCAAAUGGAAUUUUAAGUCCUCAUGAUCCUUUGCUACAAAUUAAGACUUCCCAGGGAACUAUUCCAACUGCUUUGGCAUUUGAGCGACUGGGAAAUUCUGCGUUAAGUAACAGCAUACCACCUCAGUCUUCAACAUAUCGUUCAGCUCAAGAAUCUGCACCCCAUCUUUUACAACCUCAAUUUAGUUUGUUGCCUUCAGCACUAGGAGGAGUCCAGCAAACUCCUCAAGCCUACAAUUCAACUCUCUUUCCAAAUUCUACUGCUUCCAUUGAAAGAGCUCUUCUUCGAGAAUGUAGUGUUAUUAAACACCAUCAGCGGCCUUCAGGUACCCAGUCUAUUCAGGCACAACUGACUGGUUCACAGCAUUCCUUACAUAGUUAUCUAUCAAAUGCAAGCAUAGCUAAUUUUCAGGAAACAACCAGGCAGUCUUUAUCCUGUAGCCCAAUUGGAGAUUCUACUCAGGUGAGCAAUGGAGGAUUACAACAGAAGACCUCCCAAGUCUCUGUGGAACUUGCUCAAUCCUAUACAUCUGCAAUUCCAUCAUCAGGAUAUCCUCCUCCUACUACUACAGAAGUAAAGAGCUGUCCUACCAAACAACCACUAAUAUCAACUAAAAACCCUAAACCUCAAAGUGUGCAAACACUAAGCUACUCAAAAACUUUGCAUAACCAGAGUUCUGUAAUAUCGGGCCAAGCACAAAUUUAUUCUACAGCACAGCUACCAAGCCUUUUAUCUGUUAGUCAGUCUCAAAAUUAUGGUGUAGUACAGCCACAUAACGUGCCAUCAAUUGUUCAUUCACAGGUUUAUAGGCCCAGCAAAGUAGAGAAGUUGCCAUCCUUAUAUAAAACACUGACUUUUUCUGGAUCACCACAGACUUCUGAAAAUCAGACACUAAAUUACUCGUCUAAUCAACAAGAGGUACUAUCAUCAGUUCCAACUGAGAAUUACCCUGCUCAAACAAGAGGUCUGUCUUCAGUUAGCCAGUCUCAGAGUUUUUCAACUAACCAUUCUCAGGGUUUAUCACCAGGUAGCCAGACACAGGCUAGUUAUUCACCUCAAUCACAAGUGUUAUCAGUUGUUAGUCCUUCAGAAAGCUAUGCUUCAGGGCAGUCCCUCACAUUAACAGCCCCAUCUCUUUCAUAUUCUUCUGCUUCUAGGGCUCAGAAUUUGUCAGAUUCUAGCCCUACCCAGAAUUAUAUUUCUAUGCAUUCUUCCCAAAAUGUUCAGACCCAAGGAUCAUCGUCUCCUCAUUCCCAAAAGUUUUUGCCUGUUGUCCAGUCAUCAUCUUUUGUACCUGCUACUCACUGUCAAACAUUACAGGAUAAUAUACCAUCCCCUGAUCCAAAGGCCUAUGCUGAAAGAAAACUUGACUCUACUGUGUAUACGCCUUCAAAGCAAGACAGUGAUUUUCCAAUGCAAGAGUUACCAGUACUACAGCCACAAGUAUCUCUAGAGUCAUCAACCCAACGGCUAUCAGAUGGGGAAAUUAACGUUCAAGAAUCGGCUUAUAAAGUGUCAAAGGCAGAGGAACGAUACUCUCAGAGUGUAAUAAGAAGCAAUUCUGGUCUUGAAGAACAAGUUGUUGGGAUUGCUUUGCAAGGGUCAAAAAAAGAAGAAAGCAUGGUUGAUUCAGUGACACAACUUAAUCAACAAAUUGGACAAGUCAGUAGUGCAGCAACCCUUGAUAUGAAGAAGGCAACUAAUUUAAUGCAGACUCCAGAAAUAAGAUUGGAUACGAAAGAAAUGAACCAGCAGCAUUCACUGAUGCAUAAAGUAAUUGAAACUAAGGUCCAGGAAGAGCAUGAUCAAAUAAUUAAUCCCUCAUCUCAGAUUCAAAUUCCAAAUCAUACUUUAGGGCAUGGCCACCAGACAACCCUUCCUAAUACACAGGUUCUUUUAGAUCCUGCCUGCGAUUUACAGAUUCUUCAGCAAUCAAUACUGCAAGCAGGCUUAGGACAAGUAAAGGUACCUUUACAAGUACAGCGUGUUCAAAGUCCUCAACAAAUGGUCCAUCCUUUCCUUCAAAUGGAUAGUCAGAUUCAGAGUAAUGGUGAUCAUUCUCAACAACAGCAGCUCCACUCUCAAAAUUCUGAAAUGAUGAAAAUGGACCUCUCAGACUCUUCAAAACCAUUACAGCAUCUAACAACAAAGGGUCACUUCAGUGAAACAGGUCAGCAUGAUUCAAAGAAUCAGUUUGUUUCCCUUGGAUCAAUAUGUUUCCCAGAGGCGAUGCUUCUUGGUGAGGAAAGAAAUAUUCUAUCUAAUGUAGAUGAUAUUUUAGCUGCUACAGCAGUAGCUUGUGGGGUCACACCUUCUGAUUUUACCAAGGCAACUUCAAAUGCAACCAUUCCGGCUCUUGAAGAUGGCGAUUCUAAAUCUCAUUUUCAGCAGUCAUUAGAGGUAGGACCUGAGACUUCAGAUUUUAACUCCAUCACAGCGACAGUCGGAAAGCCACAGACUAUAAACGCUAUUUCUUUAAAUGGAAAUCAAGUUACUCUAAACCUUUCAGCAGUAUCAAGCCUUCAGUCAAAAAUGUCUCUCGAUCAACAACACAUGGAAACAUCUGGUCAAAGUAAAGCAGCUAAAAUAAUUUCGCCAGCGAUUGGACCAAGUCAUGACGUUCAGGAGCAAAUUUCUGGCUCAUUCAAAAAACAGUCUGCUGCCAAUCAUGACUCUGAAGAGGACAACAAUGUUCCUGUUGAUAGUACGUUAAAUAAUAACCGUAACCAGGAAUUUGUUUCUAGUAGUAGAAGUAUAAGUGGCGAGAGCGGUACAUCAGAGAGUGACUUCACCUUAGGAGGUGAUGACAAUGGUGUUUCUGUGAACCCGGCUCAGAGCGCACUUGCACUGCUGACCUUGGCUCAACCUGGGGAUGCAAUCAGUGUGAGGAUGGAAGAAGAAAACCAAGAUUUAAUGCAUUUCAACCUUCAGAAUAAAAACACGCAAGGAAAGGGGCAAACUAAAGAGGAAGACUGCAGUAACCAGAAGCAGCUGAAAAGACCAACCCAUCACAAACGCCAGAAUCCAAGGGGAACAGAUUUAUAUUUGCCCUGUACUCCUCCUUCCUUGGAAAACUGCCAUGACGGUUAUCAGCAUCAAGAAAAAAUGAGACAGAAAAUCAGAGAAGUAGAGGAAAAGCAGCCAGAGGUCAAAACAGGAUUUAUCGCCUCUUUUUUAGAUUUUCUGAAAUCUGGGCCCAAGCAGCAGUUUUCCACUCUGGCUGUGCGAAUGCCAAACAGGACUAGACGGCCAGGGACCCAGACGGUUCGUACAUUUUGUCCCCCAUCACUUCCAAAGACUUCCUCCACAGCACUCACACCUCUUGUGUCUGAAACUGGAAGUAGUAGCUCAUUAGAAAAAGCUGAUAAUGAACUUAGAAAUUUGGAAUCUGGAUCUUCAUUUUCUUCCGAUGAAGAAGAUCCUGGAGCAUGCGGUCGGGAUAUUUGUAAAAGCUCCUCUGCCAGUUUAACUUCUUUGGAGGCUCCUUCUGAUAAAAAGAAGAAAACAGUUUCAGAAGCCCGCCAGGUAGCAUCCACUAGUCCAACGACCAACAGUGCUACCACAUCUUCUACCACUGCUGCGGAUGCAGUUAAGCAGAAACCUUUCUAUUCAACUUCAUCUGCAGUAAAUAGAUUGGAAAAUACCAAUUCUACAGAAUCUCAAAAACCCGUUGAUAGUCUUCCUGCAGACCAGUUUGCAAAAGGACAAGACACUAUAGCCAUAGAAGGUUUUACAGAUGAGGAGGAUACAGAAAGCGGAGGAGAAGGCCAAUACAGAGAACGUGAUGAAUUUGUUGUAAAGAUAGAAGACAUAGAGACUUUUAAGGAGGCUUUACUAAUAGGGAAAGAACCUCCAGCUAUUUGGAAAGUACAAAAAGCUUUAUUACAAAAGUUUGUUCCUGAAAUUCGAGAUGGACAAAGAGAAUUUGCUGCUACAAACAGUUACCUUGGAUAUUUUGGAGAUGCAAAGACUAAAUACAAAAGGAUAUAUGUGAAGUUUAUUGAAAGUUCAAACAAAAAAGAAUAUGUUAGAAUCUGUUCCAAGAAACCAAGAAACAAGCCUUCACAAAAUAUCAGAACUGUUCAGUCAAAGCCAAGCAGUAGCAGUAAAACUUCUGAUCCUCCAACACUGAAAACUGUGACUACAAAAGCCCCUUCUGUGAAACCCAAAGUUAAGCAGCUAAAAGUAAAGGCUGAACCACCACCAAAGAAACGGAAGAAAUGGAAAGAAGAAUUUUCAUCAUCCCAAUCGGAUUCAUCUCCUGAGAUUCAUUCUAAUAGUAGUGAUAAUGAGGAAUUUGAUCCUCCAGCUCCCUUUGUUACUCGUUUUUUGAAUACAAGAGCAAUGAAGGAAACCUUUAAGAGCUACAUGGAAUUGCUUGUUAGCAUUGCUUUGGAUCCUGACACAAUGCAAGCUUUGGAGAAGAGCAAUGAUGAGCUACUUUUGCCUCAUAUGAAAAAAAUAGAUAGUAUGCUGAAUGAUAACAGGAAAAGACUUCUUUUGAAUCUUCAUUUGGAUCAGUCAUUCAAGAAUGCUUUGGAAAGCUUUCCUGAGUUAACAAUAAUUACGCGAGAAUCUAAGGCAAAAAGUGGGGGAUCAACUGUUUCUAAAAUCAAAAUGAAUGGUAAAACUUAUAAUAAGAAAACUCUGAGAACUUCUAAAACAACCACUAAAUCUACACAGGAAUUUGCUGUUGAUCCAGAGAAAAUACAGUUGUAUUCUUUGUAUCAUUCACUCCAUCAUUAUAAAUACCAUGUUUAUCUUAUAUGUAAAGAUGAGAUUUCUUCUGUGCAGAAAAAAAAUGAAGAUUUAGGACAGGAAGAAAUUGUUCAGCUUUGUAUGAAAAAUGUAAAAUGGGUGGAAGACCUAUUUGAAAAAUUUGGGGAACUUUUAAAUCAUGUACAGCAGAAAUGUUCCUAAUAUUUCCACAAAUCUCCCACCUAUUUGAUAGCACUAAUAAAAUGGCGGCGCGGGUGGUCCAAGAGGAUCUGGGGCCACAGAUAAUCAAUGGUCAGCCUAGUCCGCAGGCACACCUGCUGCGAACAUGGAACUUGCAUUGUGAUCUCUGCUAAAGGACAGUGCUGCUGCCAAGGAAGUCACUCCUUCGGAAGUGGACCUAAAUCCCACCACAUUUUUAUCCGAAUGAAUGAUUUUUCUACUUUGUAAAUCAAUGGGGGAAGUGAGUUUUAUUUUCAGAAAUGUUUUUUGACAAAUGAUGAAGCAUGCACUAAAUAUAAUUUUUUUUUAUUGCUAGAGAGAUAACACUUAAGUAACAUGGUUUUUGGUUUUUCCUGUCUCUGACGAAACACCAGGAUGAAAGAAAGGUGGCAAAAAGCACAUGUUGGUGUCGUGUCUGGCCACAAAAAUGAACGUGGUGUACAUUCGAUAAAGGGAUCUGGUGUUAUGUGGCAUUCUGUAUGAGAAUAGCAUCAAUUUAAAAUAUAAAAUUCAGAAACAUUCUGCUUUAUGAACUCCUUUGACUCUUAACAUGUUCAGGAAACUGAAUAUGGAUUUGGUGCAAUUAUGUGAGUGCUUUUUUGUGUCAAAUUAUAUUGUGAUAAAAAAACAAUGACAUACUAUUUUACCUAUUUCAAAGAAAAGUAUUUUCCUUUAUACUGUUUUUCCUUUGGAAAGUUUUCCACUUGUA